GCAGUUUAGUCAGUUGUAUAAAAGGGCUGCAUCUGUUGUGCUGUUUGAGCUGGGGUGCAAGGUUCAACCAACAUGCAGGUCAAAAUGAGGAGUCUGCCUUGCUAUGGUGUGCUCAUAUUCACACUUCUGAUGAGCUGUUCAGUCCAAGCCGAGCAAAAGAAGAAAGCUGCUAAAUCUCAAGGUACAGACUGCUCACAGAUUAAGACUCGUUCUCCAAGGGCCACCAGUGGAGUUUAUCAAAUCACGCCUGCAGGAUUUAAAAGCAGCUUCAAGGUGUACUGUGAGAUGAAUUCAGAUGGAGGCUGGACGGUGUUUCAGAGGCGAACUGGAGGCUCUGUUUCCUUCAAUAAAAAAUGGGCCGCAUAUAAAAAUGGAUUUGGAAACCAAACAGGUGAUCACUGGCUGGGUCUCAAGAAGGUCUUUGCACUGACGAAGAAAAAAUCAAAGAACUGGAUCUUGAGAGUGGAUCUGUGGGAUCAUGAAGGUGGCACUGCUGUUGCUGAAUACAAGGACUUCAGACUGGGAAAUGAAAAAACAGCUUUUAAACUCCAUGUUGGGAAAUACAGUGGAAAUGCAGGUGACGCCAUCCGUGGGGCCUAUGAGGGCAUCGACCAAAAUGGCUUCGGCUUCAGCACCAUCGACCGCGACAAUGACGGCUGCUCCCCGUGCAUCUUCGGUGACAUCGCCGAAUCAAAGUGUUCCCUCUCAGAGGGUGGUGGUUGGUGGUACAGCAGGUGUGGCUCGGCCAGUCUGAACGGUGAUUGGCAUCCUUCUGGAAAUCACAUUGGCUGGGCCUCAGGUCUGCACUGGCUCACAUGGAAAGGGCCCGCCCCUUAUUCAGCCAAAGCCACGAGGAUGAUGAUAAAGUGUAUGUGAGAUAGAAGCAAAGACCCAUGCAAAAUUCAAACCAGGGGCUUACAUAAAUUGCACAAAAGACAACUUUUUCUCUAAUAACAUCUCAAGUUGAAACUAAACUUUUCCUGUUUUAGAUCAGUUUUUUUGUAAGAUCAUUUGUUUUGUUAAAUAAUGGAGUACGACUUAGAACAGUUUAAGAUCUGUUUAAAAUCAGAAGCCACUUCUACAAAUUGACUUUUUUGUCUUUAAGCCACUCUGAAACCGAUUGAGCAGUACAACUGGUCUCCCAAACGGUCAAUAAUCUUAUUAUUUUCUGUUUUGAAGACUGAUUUGUGCUGAAGCUUUAACUUGCUGGCAAUAUCCUUCAGAUGUUGCCUGAUUAUGCUCACAAAAUUUUCCUCUCUCUACUUAUGACACUCUCAAUUUUGUGAAGUCAAACAGUCAUUUCUGUUGGUAAAUACCACAACAACAUGACACAUCCACCAUUAUAUUUCUAAUUGAGUUUAGUGCUUUUUGGCUUGGAAGGUUCCCCAUUUUUCCUACUUAUGUAACAAUGACAACAAUCAUAACUAAGGAGUUGACUCAAAAAAAGUAAGGUCAAUGUAACAGUCAUAUCAUCAUCAUCUGUACGUCCCCAAACUGCUUACAGGCUUUGCAAUGAAAAAAAAAAGUAAAAAAAUCUGGCUUCAGUUGUACAUUCUCGGUACAUCCUGUACUUCUGGGUUUCAAGAUGAGUAAAUGUUUUCUAAACAUUCUCCCUUAUAGUGCCUCCACUUUCAAUGUAUUUACCACAUGCAUUGUAAAUCCCUAUUUCUACUUUAGCUGUUACUGUUAUUUCAAACAGAGACUGUAACAUCAUAUGUUUGUGUAGACAUUCUGUCACCAUCGUUUUGUCUGUCAUGCAUGUUUAAAAAUAAAAGCUUUUCAAAGUUUUU